AUGGUUGUGCAAGCGGCUGUCACCCCUGGCAGGACUCGCCGACUCCUACUCAAAAUACCAGUCAACACACUGAGACGUAACAGUGAAGACAGGAUGACGGAGGGGCGGAGAUGUCAGGUCCACCUCCUGGAUGACAGGAAAUUGGAGCUCCUUGUGCAACCCAAACUGAUGGCAAAAGACCUGCUGGACCUGGUGGCGUCUCACUUUAACCUGAAGGAGAAGGAAUAUUUUGGAAUAUCCUACACAGAUGAAACGGGUCACUUUAGCUGGCUGCAGCUCGAUCGGCGCGUUCUAGAGCAUGAGUUUCCCAAGAAAUCUGGACCCAUUGUCCUGUACUUCUGUGUGAGGUUUUAUAUAGAGAGUAUCUCUUACCUAAAGGACAACGCCACUAUAGAACUGUUCUUCCUCAAUGCCAAGUCCUGCAUCUACAAGGAGUUGAUAGAGGUUGACAGUGAGGUGGUGUUUGAGUUGGCCUCCUACAUAUUGCAGGAGGCUAAAGGAGACUUCACUAGUAAUGAUGCUACAAGAGCUGACCUGAAGAAACUGCCUGCCCUGCCCACUCAGGCACUGAAGGAACACCCAUCACUGGCAUACUGUGAAGAUCGGGUCAUAGAACACUACAAGAAACUCAGUGGACAAUCUAGAGGCCAGGCCAUCGUCAAUUAUAUGAGUAUAGUGGAGUCUCUGCCUACAUACGGAGUGCAUUACUAUGCUGUUAAGGAUAAACAGGGCAUCCCGUGGUGGCUGGGCUUAAGUUAUAAAGGAAUCUUUCAGUAUGAUUACCAGGACAAAGUCAAACCCAGGAAGGUUUUCCAAUGGAGGCAGCUAGAAAAUCUCUACUUCAGAGAGAAAAAAUUCUCCGUGGAAGUUCAUGACCCCAGAAGGGCGUCGGUAACACGGAGGACGUUUGGUCACAGUGGGAUUGCUGUACACACCUGGUACGCCUGCCCCACCCUCAUCAAAUCCAUCUGGGCCAUGGCUAUCAGCCAACACCAGUUCUACCUGGACCGCAAACAGAGCAAGUCCAAGAUCCACGCUGCGCGUAGUUUGAAUGAGAUAGCAAUAGAUCUGACAGAGACAGGCACGCUGAAGACUUCAAAACUCGCCAACAUGGGCAGCAAGGGCAAGAUCAUCUGUGGCAGCAGUGGAAGCUUACUGUCCUCAGGUUCUCAGGAGUCAGACAGUUCUCAGACGGCUAAGAAAGACAUGUUAGCAGCAUUGAGAGCAAGACAGGAGGCUCUGGAGGAAACCCUGAGGCAAAGACUGGAGGAACUGAAGAGCAUCUGUAUCAGAGAGGCGGAGCUGACAGGAAAACUUCCUAAGGAAUACCCACUGGAUCCAGGCGAGGAGCCGCCCAUCGUCAGACGGAAAAUUGGCACAGCCUUCAAACUGGAUGAACAGAAGAUCCUGCCCAAAGGAGAGGAAGAGGAACUGGAGCGUCUGGAGCGGGAAUUUGCCAUUCAGUCUCAGAUAACAGAAGCAGCACGGCGCCUGGCCAGUGAUCCACACAUGAGCAGUAAGAAACUGAAGAAACAGAGGAAGACUUCCUACCUGAACGCCCUAAAGAAACUGCAGGACAUUGAGAAUGCUAUCAAUGAAUACCGCAUACGCUCAGGCAAAAAACCCACUCAACGAGCCUCCCUCAUUAUAGAGGAAGCCAACCUGGGAUCAGAGGACAGUUCACUGUCAGAUGCACUGGUACUGGACGACGAUGAUCCCCAGGUGACAGGCACGCCCACCUUCAGUCCUGCGGCGUCCCCUCAUAAAGGCCUCCCCCCUCGACCUCCGGCCCACAGCAGACCCCCCCCACCCCAGUCUCUGGACGGCCUCAGGCACUUACACUACCAGCGCAGCGACUACGACAAGUCGCCCAUCAAACCGCGCAUGUGGAGCGAGAGCUCCCUGGACGAACCCUACGAGAGAGUAAAGAAACGCUCCUCUCACUCCAGUAGUCAUAGGCGGUUUCCCAGUACAGGUAGUUGUGCAGAGGCGGGUGGCAGUAACUCUCUUCAGAACAGUCCUAUCCGUUCCCUCCCUCACUGGAACAGCCAAUCCAGCAUGCCUUCCACACCAGACCUCCGAACCAGAACAUAUGUCCACUCCACCAGGUCUGUGGAUAUCAGCCCCACUCGUUUGCACAGUUUGGCUCAGCACUUCCGUAACCGUAGCUCCAGUCUCGAGUCUCAGGGGAAGUUGUUGGGUUUGGAUCCUGAUUCUGGCAGUCCAGAUUUCUGCCUGGCACCUCCGUGCCAACGCAGUAGCAACGGUUCUGACCCGCCGGACGACUGCUCCUCCUGCACCAGCCAUUCCAGCUCCGAACACUUCUAUCCCUCCACCAGCAACCCCAACUACUCCACCCUGGCCGAAGACUCACCGUCCAAAGCCAGGCAACGCCAGCGCCAACGUCACAAAUCCACCGGGCACCUUGGCACCUCCAGCUCUGGGAGCAUGCCCAACCUGGCAGCCCGCAACGGGGCCACGCCCGGCUCGGGCGGCGGGCAUCAGGGCGUGUACCUACACAGCCAGAGCCAGCCGUCAUCGCAGUACCGAAUCAAAGAGUACCCACUGUACGUGGAGGGCAGCAGCCCGUCUGGGGUAGUCGUCCGCAGUCUGGAGAACGACCAGGAGGGGCACUACAGCGUCAAAGCCCAGUUCAAAACCUCUAACUCAUACACGGCUGGGGGUAUGUAUAAGGAGAGCUGGGGAUCCACGGAAGAGGGGGAGGGGGGCAGGCUUACCCCGUCCAGGUCCCAGAUCGUGAGGACUCCGUCUCUGGGGAGGGAGGGGAGCGCGGGAGGGGGGCGGACGGUGGUGUCGGAGGAGCUCCGCUGCUGGUACCAGCGAUCGUCGGGGUCACUGAAGGAACACACCCGCAGAGGCAGUGGGGGAGGGACACAUUCCUCAACCACAACUGGGAGCAACGGCACAGCGGGAGGGAGAACAGGUACACUGGCCUCUCCACACAGUCAGCGUAGUGGAACUCCAUGUAGUGAACCUGCAGCCACACCACCCUGUAGCCCUCAGCAUAUCCUCAGCUGGCAGAGCGGAUCCUUCAGUGAGAGUUUCUUUCUGAGCAGUCCUCUAUGCUCUGAGCUGGCUGACGUGCAGUGGUAUGGACAUGAGAAGGCCAAACCAGGGACACUCGUCUGAACCUAUCCCUCCAUCUGUCCAUCCCUCCAUCUCUCCCUGAGACUUCUCCAGGCAGGUGUGAUGGAGAGCUGGACCUCAGCUGGAGUCUGCGUUCCUUUGCCCCGCCCUCUCUCUCCCUGUCUGUGUGCAUAUCCGCUGGGGCAGUGUUCCUAGGACUCCGCAGGUCAAACUGAACUCAACCCUGAGCCCUGCUGCCCAAUGUCACACCCUAUGAACUUUGACCCAGUUAGCUGCCAGCCAAUCACUCUGUAUGCACAAACCGUCACUGUCCAAUCCGCCGCUCGAGUGUUGUGAGAAGUGUGGCUUCUGAAACCUGAAGGUGUGUGUGUGUGUGUGUGUGUAUGUGUGUGUGUGUGUUAUGAUCAGUAACACUUCACACACUCUUACUUUGCAAAUGUGUGCAAAUAUGCACAGAUCAUUAACGCUUUGGAUUGUGUUCUGUCAUGGACACAUACCCACACACACACACACACACAAAGACAGACUACUUUCCCAUCUUGUUUUGUGGAGAUGUGUGUAUCCACUGUUUCUGUCC